GUCGAGAACAUGUGGGCUGCAAAGCAGGGAAUUCCAACUUCUCAGCCUCCCAAACCUCCAAAAAGUAAAUUAUAAAAUGUCCUCAGAUAGAGCCUUCCUCGUAUAGACACGAAGAAACCAAUACAAAGUCCAAAGCCCAUCACCUCUCCAUCCCCCCAAUCAUCGCCCAAAAUAUUCGAUACAUUCAAUUUGAAGCCUGCCAUUGUUCCCCAUUUCUUACCAAAAACAGCAAACACAGAGAUAAGAGAUCAGAUCGACGGCCCUGAUUCAAUCUCCCCAUCGGGUCGCUGCCCAAUCAACCUAUUUCUGAUUUUUGCUCCAAAACAAAGUUUUCAGUUUUGUGCAUGCAUCACCGCCAUCAUCAUCAGCAUCCGUUUGAUUCAUAAUUAGGGAACCGAAUUGAUGGGGUUCUUGUCGGAUCGAACGGCCAACGUUUCUUCAACCUCGUGCUUCGGUGUUGGCUUAAAGGCUUCUUCUUUCCCAGUUUGAACCUCGAUUUGGGGAUUGAUUGGCUCAGAGAAUUAGGGCUUUGUUAUUGUUUUUUUGGAUCAAAACAUAAAAAGGAAGAAUGAGAGUGACGAAGUCUCAGGUUUGGCAGCCUUGCAAGAAGAAGAGGUAGAGGGAACGCUGUAUUAAAAUUUGGAAAGGAAAGUUUGAGAGGAACGAUUUGGAAGAUUCUAGAGAUAGAGGGGGGAGAAAGAGUGAAAGAGAUUGGAGAUGGCGUCGAGGUCGGCGACUGGCAGCAGGACCCGGGUCGGGAAGUACGAGUUGGGUCGGACCCUUGGGGAGGGCAAUUUCGCCAAGGUCAAGUUCGCUCGCAACGUCGAGACUAGUGAGAACUUCGCCAUUAAAAUACUCGACAAGGAAAAGGUCCUCAAGCACAAGAUGAUCGGCCAGAUCAAACGAGAAAUAUCAACGAUGAAAUUAAUAAGACAUCCGAAUGUCAUCCGUAUGUAUGAGGUGAUGGCUAGCAAGACAAAAAUAUACAUCGUUUUGGAAUUUGUGACUGGUGGAGAACUGUUUGACAAAAUUGCAAGUAAAGGAAGAUUGAAAGAAGAUGAAGCAAGAAAUUAUUUUCAGCAGCUUAUAAAUGCUGUGGAUUACUGUCAUAGCAGAGGUGUUUUUCAUAGAGACCUAAAGCCAGAGAAUUUGCUGCUGGAUGUUAAUGGGAUUCUGAAAGUUUCAGAUUUUGGACUGAGUGCACUACCUCAGCAAGUUCGAGAAGAUGGAUUGCUUCACACAACAUGUGGGACACCAAAUUACGUUGCCCCUGAGGUGAUAAACAACAAAGGGUAUGAUGGAGCAAAAGCCGAUUUAUGGUCUUGUGGUGUGAUUCUUUUCGUCUUAAUGGCUGGCUAUUUGCCUUUUGAAGAUUCCAACCUCAUGGCAUUAUACAAAAAGAUAUUCAAGGCCGACUUCACAUGUCCUCCAUGGUUCUCCUCAAGUGCAAAGAAGCUAAUUAAGAGAAUAUUGGAUCCUAACCCCUUUGCAAGAAUUACAAUUGCUGAGGUCAUUGAGAAUGAGUGGUUUAAGAAAGGAUAUAAGCCACCUAGUUUUGAACAAGUUGAUGUCAGUCUUGAUGACGUGGAUUCUAUAUUCAAUGAAUCAGGGGAAUCUCAAAACCUUGUAGUGGAGAGGCGAGAAGUACAAAAUGUGGCACCUGUCACGAUGAAUGCCUUUGAGCUUAUCUCUACAUCCCAGGGCCUGAAUCUCAAUAGUCUUUUUGAGAAAAAAAUGGAACUUGUUAAAAGAGAAACAAGAUUCACAUCCAAACGUCCUGCUAAUGAGAUAAUUUCGAAAAUUGAGGAAGCUGCAGGACCUUUGGGUUUUGGUGUAAAGAAAAAUAACUUCAAGUUGAAGCUUCAAGGUGAAAAAACUGGACGUAAAGGUCAUUUAUCUGUUGCAACAGAGAUUUUUGAGGUGGCCCCAUCACUCUACAUGGUUGAGCUCCGCAAGUCUGGGGGAGACACUCUGGAAUUUCACAACUUCUACAAGAACCUGUCGACGGGGCUGAAAGAUAUUGUUUGGAAAUCAGGAGAUGAAUCCAGGAAGGAAGCAGAAGAUGGUGCCGGUGCCCGUGCUCUGCCAUCUUGAUGAUUGGCUUCCUUGACAGAACAUACUGAUGGGUUUCGUCAAUAUUUUCUGUUUCUUUAUUCAAAAAAUUUGAGUGAACCUCAUCAGAUGUCAGUUGUUGAAUGAAUACAGAUAGUAUGGCUUGCAGAAUUAUCUAUAAAAAGUACUUGGGGUAUUUGCUUUGAGUGAACCUGUCAUUCAGAAGUCAUUUGUUAGAUACUUGGUGCAGUUUGGGUUGGGAAUUGAAUGUAUUAUACUUGUUAGUUGUUGUUGUAUCCUUUGAGAGAGAACAAAAUAAAACGUGAAAUCUAAUUUCUCUCUACAAAUACAAACACAUUCCGCAGGGAAAAUAUGUAAUCAAACAGUUGUUCAUCC